AAAUUUCAUUACGUCGUUCAAUCAAGUUAUCGAUCGCGAGUUUGGCCUAUCAAAUAUUAAAAAGUUUAAUCAUUUGAUCAACUGCCUUCAAGGCUAAGCUCUAGAACAUUACAUCCCUUUUUGAACUUCCUGCCAUGUUCAAAUACAAUUGUGCCCAAUUACGAAGUCUCGUCGUUAAUGUUUCUGCCCUUUAUAGUUCCUUACUGACUUUUGGCUCACAUAGUGAUAUUGCUAAUUCCACGCUGAUUUACAUAGGGAUGGAAAAAGUUGAUGAAGAUACCAGAAGAAAGUUGAAAGAUUCUUUCGACUUUACCAGAUUACCAACAUGGCAUGAUUGCUCAAAGGUCCUUGAAAGGCGUUGUCAAUUUUUGGAAUCGGUUGAUACCAACCAUACUUUUGUGGCCCCUCGUAAGCCUAAUCAUCAAUCUGAUAAGUCAAAAUCUAAAAAUUCAAAACUUGGCUAUACUUUUCGGUUUCAAAACGCUCUUGUGUGCUUUGUUCCAAAUCUGACCAUUCAAUUACUCGUUGUUCUCGGUUCAAAGAUAUGGAUGUCAGUCAACGUCUCGAUCGACUGGGCCUUUGUCUAAAUUGUUUGUCUAAAGGGCAUCAAGUAAACAACUGUUUUCUACAUUCAAGUACAAAUUUUGUUCUCGCUCGCAUCAUAGUUUGCUUCAUUGGUCUCAGCCAGCCUCUCGGCCCUCGUCCCCUGCUGCUGAACCUACUACUUCUCAUGUUGCCUUGAAUGAAUCUUUUGCCUCGGUCCAUACCCAUAUGGAAAACUCACGCCGGAACAAUUGCUGCUUGCUACUGCCAUGGUUCUAGUUCGUGACUCCACUGGUCGCUAUUAGUUAGGACGCGCUUUGUUAGAUUCUUGCUCUCAAUUGAAUUUCAUAACCGAUGAAUUUUCCCAAAAAAAUUACAUUUGCCUCGUACAAAACAAACUACUGAAGUCUCUAGCAUUGGUAACACUCUUAGCGAAUAUAAAUAUAGGUCGUCCGCAAAUCUAAAAUCUCGAGUCACAGAUUUUGAAGUUUCGCUCUCGUUUUGUGUCACACCUAACAUUUCAUAUCAACCUGACAAUGAAUUAGGUCUCAUCCUGGAAUUUGCCCCCAAAUACUCAACUUGCGGAUGAAAACUUCUUCAAAUCAAAACGAAUUGAUUUACUUAUUGGUUCUGAAACGUUUUUCGACAUUUUAGCAGUCGGUAAAAUUAAACUUGGUCCUGAUGGUUUUCGGAUGGAUUGUAGCAGGUCGAUAUGUAUCUAAACAACCCAAUAUUUCUGGCUCUUCUUGUAUGCCCCGAUAGAAGAAGAUAUUGAUCUUAAAUUACAGCGCUUGUGGGAAAUCGGUGAAGUUCAAUCUGGCUCAAAUGAUUUGACACCAGAACAAUCUGAAUGUGAAACAUUUUUCAAUGAUACUGUUCAUCGUGAAUCUUUAGGUAGAAUUGUUGUUAAAUUGCCCUUCAAGGAAUCGCCUGACGCUUUAGGUCUUUCUCGAAAUAUGGCUCUUUAAAAUUUUGUAUCUUAAGAGAGACGAUUUGCUCGUUACAGCAAUCUUAAAUCCCAAUAUGUUGCUUUUAUGAAGGAGUAUGAAGAUUUUGGACAUAUGUGUCUAGUUCGUAGCCCUCGUCUACACGAGCCUCAUUAUUUCAUCCCUCCCCAUUGCGUUUUCAAACCAAGUAGCACUUCCACAAAGUUAAGAGUUGUUUUUGAUGCCUCGUGUCCAUCAUCGUCCCAGAAGUCUCUCAAUGAUCUUCUUAUGGUUGGCCCAACAAUUCAAGAUGAGCUGUAUAAAAUUUUACUUCGGUUCGUCUACUUGGAUGAGUCUGUAUCUCAAGAUAUUCACUCGGCUUGGAAAUCUUUCGUCUCUGAUCUCAAACUAUUACCUUCCCUUAAAAUUCCUCGUUUUUGUCUCGCUCCUGAUUCUAAAUCAGUUCAACUUAAUGGCUUUUGUGACUCAUCAAUUCUUGCUUAUAGUUUCUGUUUUUACUUUCGUGUCAAAACUUCUUCAGGAAAUGUUUUUGUUCUGCUCUUUACUGCCAAAUCUAGAAAAUCUUUACCCAAACUUGAGUUAUGUGGCGCACAACUUCUGGCAAAAUUGUAUUGCAAAAUCAAAAAUCUUUUCGCAAUACCAAAUCUGAAAGUCGUUCUGUGGACAGAUUCACAACUAGUUCUUCACUGGCUAAAGCAACAUUGUGCUCUAAAGUGUCUGAACCCCUUCCUAGAUUCGUCAAAUGAUUUCAACUUGCUCAAGGUCGGCGGACGCUUGGAGUACCAAAAACACCCCAUAAUCUUGCCCAGAAAAUGCCAUUUCGUCCACUGUUAUGUACGUCAUCUGCACAUCAGUAACUACCACGCUGGACCCAAGGCUCUUAUGCCAUUAAUUCACCAAAAAUUUUGGAUCAUCAACUCCAUUAAUUUGUGUCGCAGCAUUAUAAAUUCGUGGCCUCAAUGCAUUCGCUAUCGCCCGAAGUUGUUGGUCCAGUCAACACCUACCUAAGAAUUAGAGGAAAGGUCCCCUACAAGACAUUGCUAUGUUUGUUUGUCUCGCUACCAAAGUGGUAUCCGACCUGUCAACAGAUGCCUUCAUUGCUGCUUUAAAAUGGAUGAUUGGUCGUAGAGAUCUGCCCACAGAUAUAUUCUGUGAUAAUGCAACAAAUUUCGUUGGUGCAAACUUUAAGUUGGCUCAAGGCACCAGGCGGAUUGUGGGAGGCGGUGUCAAAUCGGCCAAAUCGCAACAGCUAUGAUUGAGAUGACUUUGAAGCUCUUACACCAGGCCACUUCUUGAUAGGUGCUCCCCUCCGUAGUUUGCCAGAACGUGAUUUCCCUACAAAGGAGAUUAACAAACUUGAAUAUUGGAAUGAUGGCGCAAGCAACAAUUCUGAAAGAAGUGGUCCCAUUUUACUGGUCCAAGUGGACUCGCAACAAAUGGUCCCAGUGGACUCACAACAAAUAGACUAGAUCCAACUCUAAUAUUGCUAAUGGUUCCCUAGUAAUCAUCAAAGAAGAUAAUUUAACCCCGCAGCAUUGGCUCAUGGGUAAAAUCAUCAACAUUGUUAGUGGAAGAGAUGAUCGUGUUUGAGUUGUUGACAUCAAAACUACAAAAGGAGUUAUACGUCGCCCUAUCCAUAGACUGGCUCUUCUAUCUUCUUGAAAGUGUCCUUUCAAUGGGGCCGGAAUGUUAGGUCACCGUAUAAUAACUAAUAACAUUAUUAUUUUGUUUCGUUUAAGUUUUCCAUUUUUUAUUGUAUUUAAAUUUAUUCAUAAUUUUGGCUCACUGUUGCCACUGUAAUUUGUCAUUUUUUUAGCUCAUACUAACCACUGUUGCACUAAGUAUAUCGUUGCCGGUGAAGAAAAAGCUCUUCAUCUUACACACUUAAAAGCAAAAAUUAUAAAGAAAACACAUUUUUUAGAUAUGUAUCUACUGCAAUUUUUUUAACUCUUAAAUUAAAAAAAUUAAG